UGCGUGAGUAAAGCCACAUAGAGGCAGCAAUGCAACUAAAAGGAUGCUAACUGCUGGAAAAGCCCAAGGAAGAAGAUGAAGAAGAAGGGGAACCUUUAGUCGGUGAUGUGCUAACACGGAGUGUUUUGGUGCAGCACCACAGAGCCCGGAAGAGACGCGCUGCAGUUUGUUUACGUCCUCGGACAGAAAGUUGAACUCCUCGUAAAGAUGGCGGUGACCUCCGUCCACCUGGAGUCUGACGCCUUCCUGGUGUGCAUGAACCACGCGCUGAGCACGGAGAAAGAAGAGGUGAUGGGGCUGUGCAUCGGGGAGGUGGAGGUCACCCGCAUCGUCCACAUUCACUCCGUCAUCAUCCUCCGCCGCUCCGACAAGAGGAAGGACCGGGUGGAGAUCUCCCCGGAGCAGCUGUCGGCGGCCUCCACGGAGGCGGAGAGACUGGCCGACAUCACCGGCAGACCCAUGCGGGUGGUCGGCUGGUACCACUCCCACCCGCACAUCACCGUGUGGCCCUCCCACGUCGACGUGAGGACGCAGGCCAUGUACCAGAUGCUCGACCAGUGCUUCGUGGGGCUCAUCUUCUCCUGCUUCAUCGAGGACAAGAACACCAAGACGGGCCGGGUGCUGUACACCUGCUUCCAGUCCGUCCAGGCGCAGAAGGGCUCCGAGUACGAGCGGGUGGAGAUCCCCAUCCACGUCGUGCCCCGUGAAGCCAUCGGUAAGGUGUGCCUCGAGUCGGCCGUGGAGCUGCCUCGGAUCUUGUGCCAGGAGGAGCAGGACACCUACCGCAAGAUCCACAGCCUGGCGCACCUGGACCCUGUCACAAAGAUCCACAACGGCUCGGUGUUCACCAAGAACCUGUGCAGCCAGAUGUCGGCGGUGAGCGGGCCGCUGCUGCAGUGGCUGGAGGACCGGCUGGAGCAGAACAAGCAGAGCGUGGUGGAGCUGCAGCAGGAGAAGGAGAGGCUGCUGCAGGAGCUGGCUGCUCUGUGAGCCGGGUGGACAGCGUGGAGACCGCCACCAGAUGUUUUUCUGUUGCUAGACAUGGGAGAUGACUUUUGAGCCCCUUUUUUCUAUUUCCUCACCUUCCAGACAGGGUGAACAACAGUUCUCUUGUAAAUGUGUCAAAAACUGUCUAAUACAAAAAGUUGACAUUAAAUGUCUGGUCAGUC